GAUUUGCAAAGUUUGCUUGGAGCGUGCGACCGGGAAUCCUAUCGGUGGUGGUUCUGGGCCUGACCGUCGGUCACAGGAUGGCCCGGAAGGUCGAAAGGACGACCAGAAGGCUAAAUGCAAGUCUAUCACUCUCGAAAAGGAACCCGCGCCCAAUCAGCUCCGCGCUUGGAUUGUUGAUUUGAAGGAGAAAGUUGCAAAUGCCUUUGCCUUUGAUACCGAGUACGCUCUUAAAUGGGUGGAGAUCCCCGAGAACGCCGACUACGAAUCUUUGUCUGCACCGUGUAAAUAUGGUAACCUUGAAAACGAGUUCAAUGCCGCUUUGAGGCAGUGCGUCACAUCCCCGCCCUUGAAGGCGAAGAUUGGGAUGGAAACUGAACGCAUGCAUUCAUUGUCCAAGAGACUCGUCAGUCGGCAAAUCCUCUGGAUGUUGUACGAACAUCUCCGUCCCCAUAUCACUGGCGACACAACGUUCAAAAUGAUUGAGUUCAUGCGACUUUCCAGUGAUCGCUUUACCAAGGGAACCGAGGAAGAACGGCUUGAGGCGUUUAUGAACAAGUGGGACUCCGUACUUGCGGGGAUCACCGUCGACCGCCCUCCUGAGCAUGUUCUUACCGCGUUGUUUUAUGAGCAGAUACAUACUUUCAAGUGUCUUGCGCUUGAUAUGGCGUUGUGGCAGCGUGAUCCGAGCGUUCGCAAUUACGCAUAUCUGAGGAGCGUUGCUACCAAUGCCGUGCAAACUUGGCGCAUGAGAAGCAAUCAAGAGAGAAUGUAUCAUGCUACACGAAACAGCUCCGGUUCUCCCCGUGUUUUGGCUGUUCAGCGUGGUUCUUCUGGUGGACGAAAGGGUGACCGGUCAAGAUCCUUCACUCCCGGAGGAAGCCUUCUCCUCAUCGCGCUGCUCCUGUCCGACAUGGAAGUCCGAAUCGCCGAGGAGAUCGUUCCCGAUCCAACACAAGAUCUCCGAACGGUUAUGGCUGCCGCGGCAAAAGUUCACAAGAGAGUUCGUCGCCUCAUGCUUGAUUCCGGUUGUGGAAUCGACCUAAUUGGGAUGCACGAUCUAACCGGAGAAGAGAGAAAGCUGAUUUCCGCGUAUCAAGAGUUACUGUUGCGUACCGCAAAUGGAAAGACUUCGACUAAGGGCCUGGCUAGGCUCAAAGUCGACGGGUUAGUUGAGCUUGUUGAAGCAUACGUGCUUGACAACACUCCCUCAUUGUUGUCCCUUGGGAAAAGGUGUAUGGAGCAUGGAUAUCGAUUCUCAUGGGACCCGUAUCAAAUUCCGCUUUUCUUUGAUCCGAGUGGCCGUGAGAUUAAAUUGGAAUUGGUUAAUAACAUCCCGUACCUGUUGCCUACCGAGACUCAAAUUGUUGCAGCGAACACUGGUCAUCACAAGUUCUACUCGGCAUUCCCUGCGCCAAUUGUUGUGCAUGAAAAGGUUGUUGCCGCCGGAAGUGAUGGCGAAGAUGAUUUGCGAGUAAUGUUUCCUAGUUUGGCCGAGGAUAGCAUUGAGGAUGUGGCUGAGGGAGAGAGAUCUUCGGGUUCCCAUGCUCCUGUGGCGAAAGCUAGAUCCAAGGCCAAGACCGUUGCCAAGGCCAGGCCGUCUGUUCCGCCACGUGAGGAGCGUGAUUUAAGGGCCGAAGCUAAGUCCCUCAAACACUUGAUGACUCACUUGCCCAAGAAUCCAUAUUUUGAUGCGUGUCAGCGUGCUAAGAUGGUGAAUGUGAAGUCGUUCCGACAUGAGGGAAUUGAAGGUUAUGAAUUCACCAAGUUCGGAGAGCACAUUACGUUGGACACGAUGGUCCUCCAUGGCUGGCUUGACGCCAUUCCGGUAAAGAGUCGUACCAACGCCGAGACCUUGAGAGCUUUCUGUGAAGUUAUUGGUGAUUUGAAAGAAGUCAAUUCGUUCAGCUUUGACACCGAGAGAGAAUAUGCUCCUCCUGCCGUGCAAGAGAUGUAUUGUGACAAAGCGAGAGAGUUCAUCUCUACUUGUCGAAACGUUGGUAUCAAAGUGUCCCAUUCCACCCCUGGCAUGCCGAGAACGAACGCAAUGGCUGAAGCCAAAGUCAAACUUGUGCUGCAAGGCGCAAGAGUGGCGCUGAGACAGGCUGGGCUUGAAGCUAAAUUCUGGCCAUAUGCUGUUCGCCAUUUUUGCAUGGCCGCCAACUUGACAAUUGAAAAAGGGGAAUCUGCCUUCAAGAAACGCUUCGAGACUGACCGCUUUCGUGGGCAGAUCAUUCCUUUUGGUUGCUUGGUUGACUAUUUCCCGACGCCAUCCAGGAGAGAUCUUAGAAAGACAGCUAGUGAUGGUAUCAGGCUUGAUGUCGGUGAAGGAGACGCCAAUGCAGCCAUAUCGUCAUCCGAAGAGGAACUUGAGAGUGAUGUUGAGUUGGAUAUUAUCAAGAUGACAGAGUUGCUGGAAUCGGGCAUGGAUGAAGAUGAAGCCAUCCGGUUCUUUGCCGAGAUUGAAGGUCGGCCGCCAAAGUGUCAUGGAACCUCGCUUCCUGCCGAGUCCUCUGAUGAUAACGGUAAGGAGGAAUGGUUUGCGUCCGACGAGUUUGAUCCCGAUGAUCUUGAGGCUUAUGUCGACCAAGGCCAUGUCUCAGAGGAUGAAGUUCCUGACAUUACGCUUGAUGGCUCCGGGAAAGUUCAAGCCUAUCAACCUCGAGGUAAAUUUUGCCCGACCAGUCGUCCCGGUGUAUUCCUUGGAUACCACUGUGAAGUUGGCUCAAAAUGGAAAGGUGACUAUGUUGUUGCUGAUCUUGAGAAUUUCAAGCAGAACAUCAGUAAGCCAAGUGUUCAGCAGGUGAAGCGUAUUUAUCUUGCCCCGAGUGAGAAGUAUACGUUCCCAUUGCUUCCAAUCUACGAAAAACGGACACGAUCGUUGUGCUUGGAUGAUCCAGUGAUGCUUGACAGCGAUACCCGAGUUGAAUCUGUUGACCAUGAAGACCAAAGCGAGGUGUUUGAUUUCAACGAGGGACGAGUUGCUGGAACGUCUGAUGAGCCCGAGUCUAAGGAUGCAAACGAUCAGGUCGAAUCCUCCGAUGGAGCGAAGGUUGACUACUGGGAACAUGAUGCAUCUUCCGGUGUGUGGACGUAUCACGUUGUCGCGCCAAGAAAGGCCAUGGUGAACCCAGGUGUAACGCCUGGCGCGCUUGGCACUGUUCCCGAGUUGCGGAAGUUAUCGAAUGUUCGAAUUAGCUACAUCACUUACCCGGGUAGCACUCCAGUUGAGAUUCGUGAAGAACAUUAUGCGCUUGGUAAAACCAGGCUUAUGAAACACUGGACCGGGAAGGUGUUGUUCUUUGAGCAUGGGAAAGUGCCUGAGAAGCGCACCGAGAAGUUUGCAACAUAUAAGAAGCAUGGUGUGCUUGGUCUUGAUGGCGAACUCCCGUAUAAACAAGAUGCCGAGCGAAGCGAGCGUAAGUAUCGGGGUACCCGAAAACCCAACUCUAUUGAUUCUGAAUCAUGGCGCUCGAUGAGCCGUGUGGAAAGAGAAGAGUAUGUUGAAUCCGAGCUGCGUGAAGCUGAGCUCAAAGCUAUGUCGAAGAAUGAUCCGCGUGAUGCUGCACCUGUGCAUAUUGAGGAUGAUGAUGGGUAUGAAUCGCCUGCCUUUAAAGGGGACAGGGAUGGCUGGUUGCACGAUGCUAAGCAUGGAGUGGUGAUCAGACACCGCCCGAUGUCUCGAAAGGCCAAAUUUGAUCCCGAAUCCUUGAAGAAUUGCCGCGCAGAGUUCGCUCUCCAUGACAGCUGGAGGAUGCCUGAACACAAAACAUUGCCGUUUCAAUGGACCGGGCAGACUAUCUUCAUGUUGCGAGAUCAUGCCGAGCCGCGAGUCAAGAUUUCCCCCUCGAAGCCUGGGAUGUUUCGGCCAAGUGAGAUCGAGGAGGAGGAGCGGAGCUACUUUCUCCGGUCUAGCUCGCGUGUCGUAGUCCCUGCGAAAGAAAGAUCGACAGUUGGAACCGGCUUGCGCGUCAAACCGCCUGCGGGUGUAUGGGGAAGGUUCCGAGCUGUUGAAAAGAAACAUGCUACCCAUCCGAGUCUUGAUGUUUGUCCCGGGAUCUUGUCCGAGGAAGUUGUUACCGAAAAUAUGUCAGUCGAUGUCGUUAAUGCUUCCGAGAAUGAUCUUAUCAUUGAGCCUGGUGAUGUCUUUGCGGUUGUACAGUUCUACUCUGGUAUUGUUUGCGUUGCUGAGGUCGGUGAUGUAUCGGCUCCAGUUCCCGAGAACAAGGACAAUACAAAUCUUGCGUGUGGCGUGGUUACCAGUGGGGUUCCAUCGUCUGCGGAUCACCCCCAGAUGCCCCUGCGUAGCCAGCCAUACCAGCACCGUAAUGGUGACACCACCGUGUUCUGGUACAGUGCUUGUGUUGCCAGACCUGUUGAUCGCAAGGAGCGUGCCGUUAAUGCGAAGGCGAUGGCCGCCCUAGACAAGGAGUGGAACAAACUCAUUGCUCAAAAGUGCUGGGAUUAUGCUUCCGUACGUGAAUGGAAAGAAGUUGCCGCGGAGGCUGAUCGUCAAGGGAUAAAGGCUCACGUUGGUCGAAUUCUUGAUGAGCGAAAGCCGACCUAA